AUGAAAAGCAUUGAAAUAUACGGAUUCAUUGGAUGGAUAUCUUCAUACAUAGUAUUUGUAGUUUAUUUAGCAUGGAUAUUCUUACCAGAAUCAGCAUUGCAUGUAAUAUUCUCCUUAAAACUAAUCUAUAGUCAUUAGGAAUUCAUUUCUUCCCUUAAAAAUAUUGGGCUUUAGCAAUACCUAGUUUCUUUGUUGCUACUAUUUUUACAGUGAUAACUGGUUAUGCAGCUUUGAAUUAUUGUUUCUGUAAUAACUUUAAUUCAUAUGAAAAUAUUGAAGGUAUAGAUUGAAUGAAAAAUCACUCUAGACAAAUAUACAAGAUUUCACAAUCUCAAGAAAACAGAACUUCAUGAAGGAUUACCUGAAGUUUAUGACAUUCCUAUUAAUGUUGUGAAUAAUGUAUUAUAUUGGUAGAAGGAAAUGGUAGAUAAAUAUUUACAUAAACAUAAUAAUUAUUGA